CAGAGUUUAGCGAGGUUUAACUGCACAAGAGGGAUAUCUUUACACUUCAACAUUUUUCUCUCAGUUCCAAGAUUAUGGAGAAACCCUGCAUAUUGACCAUGAAGCCUGGACCAAAGGGGAUCUACAGGUGUUUUAAGCCAACUCUAGAGAAGCAUUUCACAAUUAUCGAGUAUGAGAAGUUUCUUGAAAAAAAAGAUUAUGCAGUAAAGAUUCAGGCUAUCUUCGUGUGCGGUAUCCUACCAAAGGUAAAUAAGGAACUUUUACAAGCAUUACCCAAACUUCAGGUUGUUGUGAAUUGUGGUGUAGGAGUGGACCACCUGGACAUACCACUAAUCAAUAGUUUUGGAGUAAAGGUGUGCAAUACUCCCCAUGUAGUCGACAAUGCCACAGCGGACAUUGGGAUGGCAUUGAUGUUGUCAUCAGCAAGGAAAAUUAUUGAAGGACAUAACUUUUCAAAAUACCAUGAAUCAGAAUUCGUGCCUGAGACGUCUUUGGGGACUGAUGUCAGUGGUGCCACCUUGGGUAUCAUUGGUAUGGGAAGAAUUGGAUUUAAAGUUGCCAAAAGAGCUCAAAGUUUUGACAUGCGAAUCCUCUACCACAACAGGAAUCGCAGGACGGAGGAGGAUGAAAGGGCUGUUGGUGCUGUGUAUUGUAAGAAAAUGGAAGAGCUGCUGCAGAACUCGGACUUCGUAAUGAUUGUGGUCAAUCUGUCCCCUCAAACACACAAGCUAAUUGGUGCUAAAGAACUCGCCAUGAUGAAGUCCAGUAGUACCCUCAUUAACAUCAGCAGAGGUUUGGUUGUUGACCAAGAUGCUUUGGUUGAUGCGCUUCAAAAGAAAAUCAUAAAAGCUGCAGCUCUGGAUGUCACCUACCCUGAGCCACUUCCAAGAGAUCAUCCUUUAUUGUCAUUACCAAACGUAAUUGUCCUGCCGCACAUGGGAACACACACUAUGGAGACCUUUCAGAUGAUGGUGGAGAGAAUGAUUGUCAAUGCCUUGGCAGUUCUAAACGGAGAACAACCUCCAGAUGAAGUGAAGAUAUAGAUCACAUCUACAUAUGUCACAAGCUCAUCUUUGUAAAUUAAUUAAUGUAGAUAAAUAAAUAAUAGCAGACACAGUAACUGGGGUCAGUGGUAAACAAUCUACAACAUACUUUUGGUUCAACAGAGUAAAAUGUUAUUCUUUAAAAUUUAAUAUAAAAUCAUUUUAUUUCUGAUCUGAUUUAAUCUGCCAGCAAUUAGGGGCCUGUCAAACUUCAAUACGGUACAUCUGUAUAUCUUUUUGUCUGUUGCAAAUUAGUCAUCAUCUAUAUAUCAGACUGAAUGUAAAUAAAAUGUUCAAUAAAAGGGCACAGCAUUUCCAGCACUAUUUAAACAUAUGCUCAGAUUUUCUGCUUCCUGGAUACUACAUUCAUGUUUGGACAUUUUGCUGUUGGUGUAAGCAUAAGUUGUUGUAAUAAAUCCUCUUGAUGUAGUCUA